CAGAUAUAGUGAAUGCAGGGUCCGGGGAGACCGGAUAUAGUGAAUGCAGGGUCCGGGGAGACCGGAUAUAGUGAAUGCAGGGUCCGGGGACACCGGAUAUAGUGAAUGCAGGGGUCCGGGGAAACCAGAUAUAGUGAAUGCAGGGUCCGGGGAGACCGGAUAUAGUGAAUGCAGGGUCCGGGGAGACCGGAUAUAGUGAAUGCAGGGUCCGGGGACACCAGAUAUAGUGAAUGCAGGGUCCGGGAAGACCAGAUAUAGUGAAUGCAGGGUCCUGGGAGACCAAAUAUAGUGAAUGCAGGGUCCGGGGAGACCAGAUAUAGUGAAUGCAGGGUCAGGGGAGA